CUGCCGUAAUCAUAUUAACACAGUUUAUAUUGUGUAAUUUGAAUUGUACGAUUCUGAAAUUGAGUAGGUCUACGUGGUGAAUUAAUGUAUUGUAAACACACAGGAGGACAGCUAUGAGUGAAGUUAAGAUAACAAAAAUAACUUUUUAAAAUCUUACAGGGGGCGUCACACGUCCAACAGGAAUAAACUUUCACCUGAAAACACCCCCUUUUCCUCACUUCGGAUACUUGACAAACAUGUCAGGUAGUAUUGGCAGGCUGUCCACCGAGGGUUCCGUGCUCCUUCUGUGUGACAUGCAGGAGAAGUUCAGACCCAACAUCUUCCAGUUCACCAACAUAGUCAGCAAUGCGGCCAGGCUUCUCCAGGCCAGCCGUGUCCUGGGGAUCCCCCCCAUCGUGACCGAGCAGUACCCCAGGGGCCUGGGCCCCACGGUGCCAGAGCUGGGCGCCGGGGACCUACCGGCCCACGCCAAGACCAAGUUCACCAUGCUGACGGAGGAGGUGAAGGAGGAGCUGCGGGCCCUGGGGAGCCCCAAGCAAGCCAUCCUGUGUGGGAUCGAGACCCAGGCCUGCAUCGCGUGCACGACCUUUGACCUGCUGGAGAGUGGCGUAGAAGUCCACAUCGUGGCGGAUGCCGUCUCCUCCAGAAGUCAGACAGACAGGUUGUUCGCUCUGUCCCGUCUGAGACAGAGUGGAGCCUUCCUCACCACCACAGAAGCUGUUCUUCUGCAGCUGGUUCAAGAUGCCAAACACCCCAGCUUUAAGGAGAUCCAGAAGCUGUUGGUUCACCCCUCGCCAGACACAGGCCUGCUGGCGUUCUUCAGCUCCCUAUAGGAGCCCCGCUCAUCCCUGUCUCCGAGGCUGUCAGAGGCCCUGUGCGAUGCACUGUGACACUGUGUGGCCACAUACUGAAAUAAAAGAAACAAGCUUACA